UGCCCGUGUGUCUCUUGCAGGGCUCCCGAGGCUGGAGGCAGCGUGGCCACAGCAGCCUGGAUGCAGAUGGAGGAGGCUGGAGGCACCAGGGCUGCCCCCCUAGUGCAGCCUGGGGGCCCAGAGUCCGCCCCAUCGCGGGCAGUCGCCCCUGGCGGGGCAGCAACUGAGACAGCCUUUUCCAGGACCAUGCACCUGUACAGCAGCCCUGUGCCUGGGGGCAGCGCUGCCUCCAGGCCCCUGCUGGUGCUACUGCCCUGGCUUGGUGCCCUGCCCCGCUCCAUUGCGAGGUACCUGGAGCUCUACCUGCCAUGCGGCCUGGAUGUGCUGGUGGUGGAGAGUGACCUGAGCCACUUCCUCUGGCCCCGGCACGGGCUGGCCUACGCGGCCUGCGUGCUAGGCCUGCUCCAGGGCAGCCAGUCCUUCUGCUCCCGCCCGCUGCUUGUCCACGCCUUCUCCCUCGGCGGCUACACCUUCGCCCAGAUGAUGGUGCACAUGAGCCGGGAGCCGCAGCGGCACCGGCAGUUGACAGAGAGGAUCCGGGGCCUGAUCUACGACAGCCUGGUGACGGGCAGCCUGGGGGACAUGGCGCUGGGCGUGGCUCAGAUGAGCAGCUCCACGGCCCUCCGGCCCCUCGUCAGGGGAGGCACCAGGCUCUACUUCAGCCUCUUAGGCUGCUGCACCGUGCGGUACUACAAAGCAGCACAGGACGUGUUCUUCCAGCCGCCGCUUCACUGCCCCGUCCUGGUCUUCUACUGCUGCAACGACCCCCUGAGCAACCCUGCCCGGGUGCAGGAGCUGCUGGAGAGCUGGAGGGGGGCAGGGAUCCUGGUGCAGGCCCAGGGCUGGCAGGACUCGCGCCAUGCAGCCCAUCUGCGCCAGCACCCCCAGGAGUACCAGCAGGUGCUGCAGGGAUUCCUGGAGCAGCUGGACAUGGCCCUGCUCCGAGCCAGGCUCUAGCACCUGGGG